AACCCCUUUAAAAUCCCGCCCCUUGACCCGCACUCGGAGGGGCAUCCCCCCAAAGCCCUCGCCGCCGCCGCCGCCGCCGCCGCCAGCAAUCCCCUCCCCCCAUCAGCCGCCCAAGAAUGGGAAUGGCCGCCGCCGCCACCGCCCCGUCCACGUCGCGCCUCCUCCAUCACCGCCACGCCACCUCCGGCUCCAAGCGCCACAGCCACCACCACCACCAGCAGCGGCUCAGGCACGCCCCCAAUCCGUCCCCACUCGCUCUGCGCCGCCGCCUUUCGCCACCAGCCGGGGCGGCGCUCCUGCCGGACCGCGUGACCCCGUUCUCCUACGGGGCGGACGACGAAUCCGACGACCACCCGCGCGAGGAGUGCGGCCUGGUGGGGGUCGUGGGCCACCCAGACGCCUCCUCGCUCUGCUACCUGGGCCUGCAGAAACUGCAGCACCGCGGGGAGGAGGGCGCCGGGAUCGUCGCCGCCGGGGGCGACGGCAAGCUCAAGUCGGUGACCGGGCUGGGGCUCGUCGCCGACGUGUUCGGCGACCCGUCCAGGCUCGCCUCGCUCCCCGGCCCCGCCGCCAUCGGGCACGUGCGCUACUCCACCGCCGGCGCCGCCGCGUCCCUGCGGAACGUGCAGCCGUUCCUGGCGGGCUACAGGUUCGGUCAGGUCGCCGUGGCGCACAACGGCAACCUCGUCAACUACCAGGCGCUGCGGAGCAAGCUGGAGGCGCGCGGCUCCAUCUUCAACACCACCUCCGACACGGAGGUCAUCCUCCACCUCAUCUCCACGUCGCUCUCGCGACCGCUGCUGGCGCGCAUCUGCGACGCCUGCGAGCGCCUCGCGGGGGCCUACUCGCUGCUCUUCCUCACGGCCGACAAGCUGUUCGCCGUGCGCGACCCGCACGGGUUCCGCCCGCUGGUGCUCGGCCGCCUCCCCAACGGCGCCGUCGCCUUCGCGUCCGAGACCUGCGCGCUGGACCUCAUCGACGCCGCCUACGAGCGCGAGGUGGAGCCCGGGGAGGUGGUCAUGGUCGACCGCCGCGACAUGUCCGUCUCCUCGGCCUGCCUCGUCCCGCGCCUGCCCCGCCGGGCCUGCGUCUUCGAGCACAUCUACUUCUCCCUCCCCAACUCGGUCGUCUUCUCGCACGACGUCCACGAGCGCCGCACCGCCUUCGGCCGCGCCCUCGCGGAGGAGUCCCCGGCGCCGGGCGCCGACGUGGUCAUCCCUGUUCCCGACUCUGGCUUCUACGCCGCGCUGGGCUUCUCGCGCCAGUCGGGGCUGGAGUUCCAGCAGGGCCUGAUCCGGUGGCACUACAGCGGGCGCAGCUUCAUCCAGCCGACGCAGGCGAUCCGGGACCUGGCCGUGAAGCUCAAGUUGGCGCCCGUGCGCGGCGUGAUCCGUGGCAAGAGCGUGGUGGUGGUGGACGACUCCCUGGUCCGCGGCACCACGUCGAGCAAGAUCGUGCGGCUGCUCCGCGACGCCGGCGCGCGCGAGGUGCACAUGCGCAUCGCCAGCCCGCCGGUGGUGGGGUCGUGCCUGUACGGCAUCGACACGCCGAGCGACGGGGAGCUCAUCUCGAACCGGAUGGACCUGGAGGGCGUGCGCCGCGAGAUCGGCAGCGACUCCCUCGCCUUCCUCUCGCUGGACAAGCUGCACGGCAUCUACGGCGAGGAGGCCGGCGACUACUGCGACGCAUGCUUCUCGCGCAAGUACCCCGUGCUGCCCACGCUCCCCGAGCCGGCGGCCGAGUUCGAGGAGGAGUGACCGAUUUUUGAUACAUUUAAAAAUGUGCUAAGGAAGUUCGGUGCACCAGUAGCAUCAAAUGGCCCAGUGCACCGGUAGCAUCAAAUGGCCUAGUGCACUAGAUACAUUCUUCCCGUUACGCAACCAGUUCAGCAAUUGCUUGUUCUGCAAAAGUCAGACGGUUUAGGCACCGGGGCAGCCGGUGGCUCUGCUGCCUGAUGCGGCGCUUGUGCCGCUUGAGGGAGUGGCUUCUUCGACUAUUGUUCAGGACAAAGGGAGAGAGAAUUCAGAGGUGGUGCCGCUUGAGGGAGUGGCUUCUUCGACUAUUGUUCAGGACAAAGGGAGAGAGAAUUCAGAGGUGGUGCCGCUUGAGGGAGUGGCUUCUUCGACUAUUGUUCAGGACAAAGGGAGAGAGAAUUCAGAGGUGGUGCCGCUUGAGGGAGUGGCUUCUUCGACUAUUGUUCAGGACAAAGGGAGAGAGAAUUCAGAGGUGGUGCCGCUUGAGGGAGUGGCUUCUUCGACUACUGUUCAUGACAAAGGGAGAGUGAAUUCAGAGGUGGACCAAUCAAGUGAGGUGGUGAUAAAAAGGAAAAAACAUAUUGUUUCCGUUGUGGGGGAGGUUGGUCACUUUGUAGUCGACUGUAAUGCCGAGUUGUGUGAUAAUUGCUUGAAGCCGUGUCAUAAAACUGAUGUCUGGCUACUUCUCACGAUGCUUAAAACAGUGGUUACGACUUA